CCAGUCUGCAGUGCGUUUUUAUAGGCGCGUCAUUGACAAAGCACUUUCAAAAGUCCCGAAGCUUACGAAAAAUAUUAAAGUGAAUUACUGUGUUGAAGUUCACUGGCACUUACCUGGCUGUGUUGUUUCCUCUUGUUUUAUGAAGCAUUUCAUAAGAGCAGGUUUCUGUUCUGGAGACGCAGGUUUCGGUUCAAGGAUGUGGACGACCACUCUAGCACAAUGCACCCUUCAGACCAUGCUCAAACGAAGCAACUCUGUCUUGGCCUGCCAUACCUUGAGGGCUGGGGGUAGGCCUGGAUGGCCAGUCGCCAGAUCUUCAUCUACUUCUCUUCGCACAAACUGGAUGCAGCUCCGUGAGCAUGGGACCCAGGCAACCGCCCGACUCCCCUUCACCCCCCUGUGGACCAGCACUGCAGUGAAGCAGGUCCGAAGUUUGGAGCAGGAAAGGCUGCUGGAGGUGGAGUGGGAGGAUGCCGGACAGAGCCUGUACCCAUACACGUGGCUUAGAGACAACUGCCAGUGCCCGGUGUGUACCCUGCAGUCAGCCCAGGCACGCAGCCUGCAGCUCUCUCAGCUGGACAUCCACACUGGUGUGGACCAGAUCCAGUUCACUGACAACAAGGUGUCCAUAGUGUGGCCUGACCAGCACACAAGUGAAUUUGACCCAGAAUGGCUGAAGAAACGAUGCUUCUCCUCCGCUGCCAGACAAGCCCUGCAAGAGGAGCUCUUCCUCAAUGAGCGUGUUUACUGGGGCUCAGAGCUGCAGAUUCCAACGGCCAGCUUUGAGGAGGUCCUCCGUGAUGACAAGGCCGCCCUGGCAUGGCUGCUGGCUCUACGUCGCACGGGCAUUGUCUGCCUGAAAGGGGCGCCAGUUGAGCAGGGCCAGGUGACUCGCCUUAGCCAGAGGAUUGGAUACCUUCGACUGACGUUCUAUGGGCAUACAUGGCAAGUACAGGACAAACCCCAGGCCAACAACGUGGCCUACACCUCUGGCAAACUCAGUCUCCACACUGACUACCCAGCAUUACAUUACCCACCUGGAGUGCAGUUCCUGCAUUGCCUAAGCCAGGCCAAUGAAGGUGGGGACAGUGAAGUGGUGGACGGCUUCCACAUGGCAGAGCGACUGAGAAGAGAAGACCCAGAGGCCUUCAGGACCCUUACUUCGCUUCGCGUGGACUUCACCGACACUGGGGCAGACUACUGCGACUUCAUGGUGCAGUCCAAGAACCACAUAAUUGAUGUUGAUAGUGACGGGCAGGUGGUGCGGAUCAACUACAACAACGCCACUAGGGACUCAGUGUUGGACCUUCCUCUGCACCAGGUCCAGCCCUUCUACUGCUCCCUUCAUGCUUAUGUCCAGUUGAUGAUGCGGCCAGAGAACAUUGUCACCUAUAAGAUGGAGCCUGGCGACCUGGUCACAUUUGACAACUGGCGCCUGCUUCAUGGCCGCAAAAGCUAUCUUAGCCAUCCAGACCAGGUGAGACACCUGGAGGGAGCUUACCUGGACUGGGAUGAGGUCAUGUCUCGCCUUCGGAUACUACGCAAGUCUGUCCAUGGAGAGAGCAAGAACCAACAAGCUCCCUAGAGUGAAAAGAGGAAGGCUCCCCCAGUUAUAUAAGAGCCUACGGGAUAUAAAUAAUAUACGUGAUUUCUGAGCAGGAAGGGCAAGUGGAUCCAACAUGGCUAGUGGGCAACAGCUUUCCAAAAGUGAAAAUUGGGCAAAGUGCAAGAACAAAAAGGUUGAAAGCUACAUGCCCGUUUUUUUUUAUUUAAAUGACCAAUUUCUGGUUAAACAAUUUACCAACUGCUCAGUGGAAGAAAACAUUUGACACAAUUCCCCACUUAUUUAGGGAGCAGUAGGUAGCUGUAGUGUUAUCUAGUUGUAGUAACUAGGUAGCAUGGGUUAUCUUCAUCAAGUUUGCAUUUUAUGAGAGAUAAUAUCCUAAAGUAAUACUUCACCGUCUAAUAGCAAACUUUUUUUAAUCCACUUUUCUAGAAUCCAUUUUAUCUGUAGAUACACCUGGGAUCUUUAAGUAAAUAUGUGACAUUUUGCUGGGUAAACUUCUGCCGAUACACUCCCCAAGUGGUACAGCCAACAGGUAGAGCGAAAUAACAUGUGCUUUAGGGAAUGGUGAGAUGUCUCAGGGAUUUGCAGAAAAGAAACAGCUUUGGAGAUUUGACAGAAAAUACCUUUAAAUGCUUUUCAACCAUCUUUUCCACCCAAAGUAUGAAAUGGAAAUAAGAGGACAAAAGAAAAAUAAACUCACCAGAACAAGUAGCCCUUGAAGG